AGCCUUGGUAUGAUACGAUAAUCUAUUAAUCUAUUAACUUAUAUGGUUAUAUUACAUGCAUGAAUUAGAAAUUAUUAGAAACUUGGAAUAGCAUUAGUAAAACGCCGUAAAAAAAUUUAAGUAGGCUGCCCAACGUCUUCGGGGAAUAAAAUGUAUCACCCUCUUUCAUCGGAGUCGUCCCUUAUGGUGGUUGUCUAAGGUAUUUGACGAUGCACAUUGCACAGUAAUCGUCUUUAUUGUUUUAAUAUUUCAUUGUUGCGUCUGUUGUUUGCGCUUUAAACGCUSUUUUUGCUGUUUGACAGCGUUUAGAACAUGUAACAUGCAAGUACGUAAUCUCUCACACACGCUAUUAUCAUCGUUGCCGUCAUCAACGUCAUUAUUGUUGACCGUUUACUUGUAAAUGUUGUUAUCGUCAUCGGUGUCGCAUGCCGUUCAACAAGUCGUCGGACUUAUCAAUGUUUCAACGACAUCUGACGUCACACAAGACACAACACAAAUCACAUUGGUGUAGGUUCAUUAGGUUCCUAGUAGCUGCUAUUUAAUAUCUAUACCCAUAAUUUAUUGUGCCUGCACAAUUUUAUUAUACACGUGUGAUUGUCGAUUGAUGUGCAAUGUGCAUAACUGAAUAUCAUUCUGACAAUAUUGUGUAUUGCGUAAUCGGAUUGUGUUUAUUUUUUUCUAUUAACGUCUCAGAUCCAUACAUUUUAUCCAAGGUGUCAAUAGUUAAAAACAUAAUCAAACAAUAUGACUAUUGAUAAUGUCACAGCAAAAUUAGAUAACAUGGAUAUUAAUUGUGAAAAUACCAAAUCAGACAAUAUCAAUAUUGAUUGUACAAUAAUUACUGAAACAGAUGGUAUGAAAAUUGGUGGUGUAAAAACAAAAAGCAUGUCACUUAAUAUGUUAGAGAAAUCUGAAUCGUAUGAUAUUUUUAAACAACUUCCACUUGAAAUCAUAAAUAAAAUUGUACUACAAUUAGACUUCAAUGAUAUUCUGAACUUGAAAUUAGUUAAUAAGAGGUGGCGAUGUGUAUAUUUAAACCAAGAUGAGAUAUGGGCGAAGGUUUGUGAGGAUUUAAAUAUACGAGCCAUUGAUUACAACCGGUGUCUAAACGAUAGGUUAAAGCAUGAUUCAGAAUGCAUAGGAUAUGCUGAAAUAACUUCAGAAAAAUUAUUUGGGCCUUUAUGCAAUCAUUGGAUAACUUUUAAUCAUUAUUUAAUGCUUUUAAAGAGUAUAAAAAGCAAUGAUUUUCCUACCAUUUAUAUACCUCGCCCAUAUGUAGAACAAUCAUAUUGUACUGAUGAUUAUAUAAUCAAUAUAAAUCGCUAUCACAGACAACCAAUUCAAAUAGUUACUUUAAAUGGUCCACAUAAACCAUUAAAUAAAAGAAUUUUGCCAAUGUUUCCUAAAUUAAAAGAAUUAAUUAAAUUAAAAGAAUAUCCACUCAAAGUAAUUGGUAACAAAAGAUACUUGGUAAUUGAAAUUUGUUCUAUUAUAUUUGUAUAUACUAUUAAGAAUAGUGCAUUUGACAAAAGAUUUUUCAAAGUGAUACAAAAAGCUGUUAAUUAUGGCUUAGAUGAAAAUGAUUUCAACAAGGACUUCUUGAAUAAUCAUUGUGAUACAAAAUUUGAUUUAUAUGAUUAUAAACUAGUAGUUGUGCAUCCAGCAAUUAGUACAUUAUUUUUAAUUGAUCUGAAAACAGAAAAAACAUAUAAAGAACUGCAAUUUAGUUCAAGAGGAUGCAUUGUCAACAGUAUAAAAUGUUCAGAUUAUAGACUCAUGAUUGGGAUCACAAAAAAGAAUGAAAAUGAUUUGAGUAAGGAACAUUUGGCAAUUGUUUAUCACUUGAAAGGAAAAACACAAGACAAUGGAUUARAGAUAUGCUUGUUAGGACCUGUUACCCAGUUUAAGGUGACCAAAAAUUGUAUUGGAGUAGAAAACACAGGUUAUUCUAACGUGGUUACUCCAUUUAUCUUAAAGCAAAAUGAUUUACAUUUGGAUGUGUUUUGGCUUAAAUGUGAUACAUUUUCAUUUGACUCUACUAGAAAUUAUAUUUAUUAUAAUUUUAAUCAAAGUAUAUUUCAGUUUGACCUCAAAGCAAUUACAUCGCUUCAAUAUGAAGGGAUCCAAAAAAUAUCUAAUGAUUCAAUAUUAAGUCUCUUACCUCUAACACCUAUAAAUGAUAGGUAUUUGUUAGUUAAAUUGGCAUAUCAUAAUUCAUAUGAAAUAUUUGAUGUCAAAGAACGUGUUUAUGUUAGGUCUAUACAAUUAACUUCAGGAUAUUCAUUAGUUCAUGUAGGUAAAUUAUCUAUAGUGUUCUCAAAUUCCAGUGGAUAUAUGGUAAUUUCAUUUAAUUAAUUAUGUGAUUUUUUUUGUAAAGCAUGUUUUUUGAUAUAUGCAUUAUGAUUAUUAUU